AUGUGGUCUCUGGCUUCAGAGCGUACGGACCCUGUUCAGUAUUCCUGCCUCAACAGCCGUGUCGGCUCAAGCUGUUUCAAGAUGGCGAGUGCGUCAAUGACGUCGAGUUGCCAUCCUGGCUUCAAGUCAGAGUUUGUGCAGACUGAGAUUCUACUGCUUCCUGCGUCCUCUACUAAUGCUUUUAAGCGGCGCAAGACUAUUGACGUGAACCGUCGACUCUUUACACGUGAGGACUUGCAGAACAUGAACGUAUAG